AUGGACAAGUUGCCAAGGGACGUUCUGGUGUCCAUACUGUAUCUCUUGCCGAUGAAAGAAGCGGCAAGGACUAGUGUUCUGUCGCGCGCGUGGCGAGAUCUGUGGAAGCAUGUGCUAUCUCUGGAUCUCAAUGUCUCGCCAGCCCUCAGCAUUCGAGGUGCCAACCCCGGGAUUUUGGGAGUCAAUUGGGUCAAACUCAGACAUGCCUUGGAAGAAGGACACCGAGGUCGUCUACCGGAGGAGUUCCGGGUUCGCGUGGUUCUGGACGAGUCUUCGGGGCUUGGAUUCGCAAUCGGGAAGAAAGUGCAAAUCCUCGAGAUAGAUCUCACGCCCUGCUGGCCCGAACCUUGUGGAGCGAGUUACACUUUCCCGCGGAUUCCUUCUCUCGACUUCGCCAGCAUGCGAUCGCUUAAGUCCCUGUGCUUGAGACACGUUAACGUGGGAGGCGUAGUUCUCCAGCUCUUUCUCUCGCAGUGUCCGUCUCUCGAAAGGUUGUGCGUGUCGGGCUCCGACCAUUUGAUUGACCUCAUAAUUCCCGGCCCGUCCCCUCUCGAGUUGAAGCACCUGGACAUAUCCAGAUGCCGGCGCUUAGAAAGCAUCAUCAUCGCAGCCCCGACUCCAAAUCUCGUUUCCUUUCGAUACGACCGAAGCAGCGUGGAACUCCACGUCGAGGACGCCCCUCGGCUCGCGGAACUCACCAUCUGUGGAUUCACCAGUGCUGUUCAACAUUCCCUUUGGCACUACCUGCCCCAGCUCGAAGCGCUGCAUCUCAAGGUGUCAGAAGCUCAGCUGCUUUCGGUAUUUUUUAACAUCGAUGGAGCCUUGUUUGAAUUGAAGCACUUGACGUUGGACGUUUCUGAUCAAUUCGACCCCGACGAUCUCAACCCCGUUUCCUUGUAUAGUUACCUUGUGGAGAAAGCUCCUUCUUUAAACAGGCUCACCCUCCAGAUGCUGGAUGCUCCGAACAAGGAGGAUUUGGAAAUCCCGGGCCCUAUGCUGUACACUCACGCUUCUCUGGAGGUCGUGGAAAUAAUCGGCUUCGACCCGCGAAUCAGGUUCUUCGCCGUCAUGCUUUUCCGGUACUGGCUCGAGAACACAUCGUCGCUGAAGCGACUCGUCGUGGAUCCCCGCGUACCAUCCUUGUUAGGAACAACGACUUCGCAAUAUCCCAUGCCGGCCGAGCUAAGAGAAGCGAGGGAUUACGCAUCAAGGCUAGCCAAGGCGAUCCCGCUCCCGCUGGGAGUCGAAUUGGUCAUUGUUUGA